AUGCCACGUCGGCAAGAAGAAGGGUGGCCGCAGCGCACGCGGGAAAAGUCCAAUCGGCUGCCUCGAUCUGCCAUACAAGGUGCAGAGCCCAGCCACGGCAAGAAGAGGAAGACGCGAGAGCCAGACGUACCACAAGACGACCCGCCGACGGCGGCACCCUCCGCUCGUUCCAAGCGCCCAAGGACAGUCACAGAUUACGCACACCUACACAGCAAAGGGCGCGGCGCUCCAGAAGGCCACAAAUUCCAAGCCAAGUUCGUCACCGGGCUUUGCUACAAAUAUCUUCCUAGCUACUGUAUCGAAGAGACGACGCAUUAG